AUGUAUUUUCCUAAGAUGAAAUCUAUGCUUGAAGAACUAUCUGGUUUAUUGAGAAAAAAGAAGAAGAAGAAGAAGAAGAAGAAGAGGAAUAGCAGUACCAGUCCGUUAGUAAUCUCCUCAAUUUUUGUAGUGUUAGGCCUUGAAGAAUUGUUCUCUUUGAUGGUAUGGAGAGCAUCUUUGUCAGAGUUCUUGGGCACAGCGGUUCUCGUCUUCGUAAUAGACACUGUAGUUAUUUCCACCGUUGAAAGUGAGACAAAAGUACCAAAUCUUAUACUAUCAAUCCUUGUUGCCAUCACCGUCACCAUUAUCCUGCUAGCAACUUAUCCCAUUUCCGGCGGCCCCAUUAACCCUUUGGUCACCUUCUCAGCUCUACUCACCGGCCUCAUUUGCAUAUCAAAAGCCUUCAUAUACAUCUUGGCUCAGUGUGCUGGUGGCGUUGUGGGUGCACUAGCACUAAAAGCUGUAGUCAACAGCAAUAUUGAGAGCACAUUUUCGCUUGGAGGCUGCACUCUGCACAUUGUUGAACCGGGGCCAAAUGGUCCUACUGUGAUCGGGUUAGGGACUGGGCAGGCCCUUUGGCUGGAGAUAAUAUGUGGGUUCGUGUUUCUGUUUGCGUCAGUGCUGAUGGCCUUUGAUCAUCGUCAAGCCAAGGCAUUGGGUCAUGUUAAAAUUUUCACAAUCGUGGGGAUAGUGCUGGGUCUUCUUGUGUAUGUUUCGACUUCGGUGACAACAGCUAAAGGCUAUGCUGGAGCUGGGCUGAACCCCGCUAGGUGUUUGGGUCCAGCAAUAGUUCGAGGAAGUCAUCUUUGGGAUGGGCAUUGGGUGUUUUGGGUGGGUCCUGCUGUUUCUGCCGUUGUAUUUUCUUUGUACACAAAAAUUAUUCCACCACAGCUUUCUCACACCGUUUUCUAA